UUAAGAUUUAAGUGGGACGGAGCUCACUGACUAAUCAUAAUUCUGUCAAAAAUUUCUUCCUGUGAAAGAAUGUCUGCACAAAAAUUAGCGAAUUUCUUCAAAAAACAGGUCCCAAAACCAAUAAAUAUUUCUAAUGAAGAGAUUGCAAAACACAUUUCCAAAUGUUUAAUAUCCUCGAGCUUUAAUGGCUUCCUGAAAUCACCUCUCCUUCGCAAUCUGAAUCCACAAAUAACCCAUAUGGUUCUUUCGGAUCCACUAAUUCCCGUCAAUUCUUGCUUGUAUUUUUUCGAUUUUCUACGAAAUUCACAAUCUCCAUCUACUCAAAUACCCUAUCUUCAUGCCCACAUUACCCUUAUUUUUAGAUUGUUAGAAGUUAAAAAAUUUGUAGCUGCCAAAAACGUAAUGAAAUAUAUGACUGUAAAUCUCAAAUGCCCAUCUUCAGUUAUGGCGUCUGUUUUGGAACAAUUUGGUUAUAAACCCACAACUGUGGCAAAAUUUUAUGACCUUUUGAUGAGGGUUUUUGCUGAUAAUAAGCAAUUCCAUGAUGCACUUAAGGUGUUUGAUUAUAUGACUGAGAGAAAGUUUUUGGUUGAGGAAAAGAGUUGUAUGGUUUGCUUGGUUGCGCUGAAGAAUUCCGGGAAAUUCGAGUAUUUGCUGGAUUUUCAUGCCAAGAUGGUUGAUUCAGGUGUCCAAAUAACAGUGCAUUCGAUGUCGAUUGUGAUUGAUUGCUUGUGUAAGAUGGGGAAGAUUGAGAACGCUAAAUUAAUGAUUAAUGAAAUGUGUAGUAAAGAAAUUGAACAGAAUUCAUAUCCAUAUAACUCAUUGAUAGCUUUUUACAUAAAGACAAAGGAAUUUGACCAAAUUGGUGAAGUAUUGAGGAUGAUGAAGAAGGUGAAUGUAGAACCUAGUGCAGCUACAUAUACACUUAUAAUCAAGGGAUAUGCUGAUAAUGGGAAGAUCAAAGAAGCCGAAAAAAAGUUCCAGGAAAUGUGUGACAACGGUGUGGAGGUUGAUAUGCAUUUGUAUACUGUGAUGAUAAGUUUGUAUUGCAGGAAACAGGACAUGAAAAUGGCUUGUCAUCUUUUUGAUGAAAUGACUUUGAAAGGCUUUACUCCGAAUGCUCACACUUACGGAGCUCUGAUACACGGGCUGUGCAAGGCCGGACAGUUGGAUGCAGCGGAAAUGCUUGUGAAAGAUAUGAAACAAAAUUGUAUCCAGUUGAAUAGUGUUAUAUAUAAUACAUUGUUGGAUGGUUAUUGCAGAAAAGGGAAAAUCGACGAAGCAUUGAAACUCAAGGAUGUGAUGGAGAAGCAAGGAUUGGUGCCUGAUGUAUACACAUAUAACAUUAUUGCUAGUGGGUUGUGCAGAUUGAACAGAUUUGAGGAUGCCAAGAGAUUCUUGUACUCAAUGUUAGACAAGGGAUUGACAAUGAAUACUUUCAAUUACACAACUUUGAUUGAUUUGCAUUGUAAGGAAGGUAACCUUGUUGAAGCGAGACGACUUUUUAAAGAGAUGGAAACGAAGGGAGUAAGUCCUAAUGUCGUAACGUACAAUGUUUUGAUUGAUGCUUACGUCAAGAAGGGUAUGAUGAAGGAGGUUCAUUUGCUAAAGAACAAGAUGGCAGAAAGGGGAAUAAUUUUGGAUGUGCACUCGUACACUUCGAUUAUACAUGGUGAAUGUAUCAAUGGAAAGAUAAAUUAUGCCCUAGAAUUGUUCAAUGAGAUGCCAGCUAGGAAGUUAGUCCCUAAUGUUGUUACUUAUACAGCAAUAAUUUCGGGUUUGUCGAAGGCUGGGAGAUCAGAUGAAGCUUUCAAAUUGUAUGAUCAAAUGACACAGGCAGGCCUUACACCAGACAGUACAGUAUAUACUUCACUUGUGGGAAGCCUUCAUUCAGCUAAAUAGAAGUUCAAGAGAUUGUACAUAGUAAUUGUGGUGUUUGGCAAAAUAGUUUAUUGGGCAAUGCUAGCUUAUUUUGAUACAAUUAGAGGGUUGGAUGGUCAAAUCAGCUUAUGCUAAUGUUUGGUAAGUUAGCCGGUUGAAACAGCUUAUUGCUAUGAUUAAGCUGUUUUUGAACAAACUGCUCAUAGCAGUGAUUUCAAAAUUAGCUGAUCAAAUUAGCGAACGUAAUCAGCUAUCAGUCGUUUGUCAAACACCCAUAUUUACUUUUUAGAUAAAGUUAGAUCUUAAUUCUUGAUUGUGGAAACCUUAUGAAAUAGCUACACCAAGUAGAUGAUCAAUCUGUAUUCCUUGGAAUAUUUAUAAAUAUUUGAAUUUUAUGUUAUCAAGUAUUCAUCUACCCUUUGAGUUUAGCUAUUAGAGAAAUUUUUAACUUUUAACAAAUUGAUUUAGAUUAUACUCCCUCGGAACCCAUUGAAAUUGCUAGAUUAUAUCUGAAAGUUAUGAACAAUGCAAAUGGAAUCAUCA